UUAAUUGCAAAGAGACUGUGACUCCGACAAGUCGUGUGAGUUUACUAGUGGAAGCAUAAUCAAAUAGAGAUUUUAUUGCUUUACGAUGACGACAAAAGAACCUGAAAAGCCUUUUCAGUGGCCCAAUGCAUGGAAUCAGUACUUUGCUGUGCUGGCAGCUAACAUUCUGCAAUUCGCGCACGGAUGUAUAACGGGAUGGCCAUCACCCGCUCUACCGGUUCUCACGUCCGAAAACUCACCUCUUGUCAAACCGUUAACAAUUGAGGAGUCUUCAUGGAUUGGUUCAAUCAAUUGCAUUGGAGGCUUGUGUGGUUCACUAUUGUUUGGUUAUGUGAUACCAAUUCUGGGUAGCAAACGAGCAUUACUUGUUCUCACCAUACCGUCGAUCAUAUUUUGGGCCAUGAUUUACUUUAGCAUCAACUUCAAUCACAUUCUCAUAGCGAGAUUUAUAGCUGGCUGUGCUAGUGGCGCAAUGCAAUCCGCAACAAUGCUGUACGUGUCGGAAAUUGCCAAUGAUGAUAUUCGUGGACGAUUAGGAAGCUUUUGGCUUUUCAUGCGAACUGUUGGCGUUUUAUUCAUUUUUAUUGCUGGUGCGAUGGUUGAAUAUGAAUACCUACCGUGCAUUUGUGUUCUAUUUCCAAUCCUUUUUUCGCUGGUGUUUGUAAUGAUGCCUAUUACACCGCAAUAUUUCCUUCAGAAAGAACAAAUUCAAAAAGCAGAGAACGCACUGAAAUAUUAUAAGGGUUACAGAGAAUCUAGUUAAGAAGGGGACAUUGCUCUUUAUAAGGAAUUCGAACGACUGAAAUCGCUUGCAACUGAACACAAAACAGAGGAAAUACUUAAGCCAUCCGAUUUCUGUAAAUUGUCCACAAAUUGUCUUUAAUUUCUCCAAAACUAACCUGCCUGUGUCUCAUCGCAGUUAAUCGGAAUGCAUUGAAAGGGCUUGACAUUGGUAUCGCUUUGACUGGAUUUUCAAUGAUGACGGCAAACUUGAUGCUCGUUAGCUAUGCAGUCAUGAUUUUUGAUCGGUCUGGAACUUCACUAGACCCAUACGUGUCAUCUA